AUGGAGAGUAAAAAUAAUAAUCCUAGCAAAUCUUUAGCAGAAAUAUCAGCUAAAGAACACAUUCAAGAAAUCAGAACUAAAAAAUUCUCAAUUGGAGCUAAACACCCUAACCCACUCACCUUUGAUCUUCAUCGUGCUGUUACUAGACUUUCUGCUGAGCUUUACACUAAAGAUGUCCAUUUUCUUAUGGAACUUAUUCAGAAUGCGGAGGACAAUGAGUACGGGGAAGAGGUAGAACCAACCUUAGAGUUGGUGCUAACUAAAAGAGAUAUAACCGGGUCCGGAGCUCCGGCUACACUAGUGGUUUUCAACAAUGAAGUCGGGUUUUCGAUGCAAAACAUAGUAUCCCUUUGUAGUGUGGGUCGCUCCACCAAGAAGGGUAAACGAGAUCAAGGCUUUAUUGGAGAAAAAGGAAUCGGAUUCAAGAGUGUGUUUCUGGUGAGUAAGGAACCUCAUAUUAUUAGCAAUGGAUAUAAGGUGAAAUUUACUGAAGAACCAGACAGGAGUUGUGGCAUUGGUUAUAUUGUUCCUGAAUGGGUUGGAGACAAAUCGUUGAUUUCUAAUAUACAAAGUGUAUAUGGAUCAAACAGAAUCAUUCCCACUACAACAAUUGUUCUUCCCUUGAAACCUGAGAAGAUUGAGUCUGUGAAAGAGCAACUUUCUCAGCUGCAUCCAGAGCUUCUGCUUUUCUUGUGUAAGAUAAAGAAGUUGUAUGUUCGCAGUAGCAACAGCUACUAUAAAGAUGCCAGUGAUGUAUGUGCUAUUUCUAUAUCUCAUGAAACUCAACAUGUGGUUGUACGGUCCAAAAAAGCAGAUUCACGCGUGGUUCAUCUAGCUGUUGGUGGCGCAGAAGGUUCAGAUGAAGAGUCAUGCCAGUAUUACAUUUGGAGGCAAAUGUUUCCAGUAAUGACUGAAAACAAGGUUCAUGGCAGAGAAGACGUUAAAGAAUGGACCAUCUCACUGGCGUUCCCAGUCGGCAACAGGCUAACAAGGGGAACCUCUUCAUCCGUAGGAGUCUUUGCAUUCCUACCAACGAUGAUGGUUACUAACUUUCCUUUUAUUAUACAGGCAGAUUUUUUGCUUUCUUCUUCUCGGGAAAGCAUACUAUUAGACAACAAAUGGAACCUCGGCAUACUUAAAUGUGUCCCUUCAGCCUUUCUCAAUGCAUUUACUUCUUGUGUGAAAGAGAGGUCUACACUCUUCACCAUUGCCAAGACAUUCAAGUUUUUGCCAGUAGAAGAAUCCCCGAUUGCUCAAUUUGAUGAAGUCAGGGAAAGUAUCAGGUUGAUGUUGUGUGACGCUAAAAUCAUGCCAUGUGAAACAUUUGAUGAUUGCUUUAAGUGUUGUAAGCCACUCUCAUCUCUGAGAAUACUGUCUGACUUCAGACAGGUAUUGCUCCGCAUGAUAAAAAAUGGUAUUUCUCUAGAGGGAUUAUCCUCAUUGAAAAUUCAUCCAGUAGAUGCUUCCCUUGAUGUCGAAGUAUUUUAUAAGACUCUUGAUUUUCUCUGUGUUUUGUCAACGUCAGAGAGCUUUGGGUGGUACGAGAAAUGUAUCAGUGCUUGCAAAUUACUCCACCAAGCAUCUGACACUGAUUACAUAGAUAUUUUAUGGAUUUUUGCUAAUAAUGAGGAAGUAUUUUCUAAGACUUUCUUUAUGAGAAAUCAGGUUUUCAAGUAUACUGAUCAAACCGGACAAGUGGAGCUAUGCAGUGCUUGUAAAUCCAAGAAAGAUGGUCACAGGAUUUUGUUUGCAAUGGAUUCUGAACUUCAUGCUUGGCUUAGUUCUUGCAACUUGGAAUUCAACUGCUCAGGCGAUGUGUUUUUCUUGCCAAACUCGACCCAGGCUGCCCUUAUUGCUCAUGAACAAAGUUCUGUUCUGAUUGGUUGGCUAUCAUCUCAUGCUAAAAUUGAGUGUUGUUCUGCAUAUAGUUUCUCUUUAUCACUUCGUGAUUAUAUCUUGAACAACACUGAGCAAAAUCUUCUGCUCAAACUGGUUCAUUUUCUGUUUCAUUCUCAUCAAAAAGGAUUCCUAACCGAGACUGAUUUGUCAUGCCUCAUUUUGUGUAUACCAAUAAUCGAUGGGUCUGACACUAUUCAAAGAGGGAAGUUUACAACUCUUGUUUCCAUGGAAGGCAGCAAAUGGUCGGUAUUAUUUGGAGGGCAAAAUCUACUAUCUGAACACAAAUAUCAUGAUUUGGGACAUGUAUACUGUGCCAGUGGAAUCUUUGCUGGAGAAUAUACUCAUGAGAAAUCACUUCUCAGUUUUAUGGAAAAGCAUACUAGAGCACGAGAUUUACCUGAGUUGCCUCCACCAAAUAUUGCAUUGCCCGUUGCAUCAUCUAAGUUGACAAGUGAACAAGCAUUUUUACUACUUGACUGGAUCAAGUUUAUCCGAGCUCAGAAAACUCCUCUGCCUGCGAAAUUCAUUACCAGUGUUUGGAAAGGGAAAUGGAUGAAGACAAAUUCAGGUUAUAAUUCUCCAUCAAAGUGUGUUCUUCUCAAUGAAAUAGGGAAGAGAAUAUUCGAGAUGACAUCCUGUGUUCUUAGCGAUCUUUCUAUCUUAGAUGAGGCAUUUUAUGAGAAUCGCAUCAACCUUUAUACAGAUGAGCUGCAGUAUCUGGGAGUUACAGUAGGAAUGGAUGAUGUGCAAAAGGUAGCUAUGACCCAUUUCAAAGCAGUUGCUUCAUCCGAGAUGAGCAAGCACUGUGUCAUUUCUCUGUUGACAUUUAUCGGUCUCCUCAAGGAAAGGGAUAUGCUUGAUAGUGGAUGGUUAGCGACAAUGAGGAAAGGUAGGUGGCUCAGGACUUCCCAAGGGAGCUGUGCACCAAGUAAAUCUGUUUUUCUAAGCUCUGAAUCAGAAUCAGAAGCUGUUUGUCGCAUUACUUGCUUACCUCUAAUUGAUAGAUUAUUCUACGGGAGCAAACUCGAUUCCUUCUCAACUGAGCUGGCAUUACUUGGUGUAAAAUCUGAUCAAGAAGUGUAUGGACUAGUCACUGAAAAACUCGUCUUUCCUGUCAACCCUGCUUCCAUGACGAGUAAUUGUGGCUUCUUCCUUCUUGAGUGUAUAAGAAACUUACAGCAACCAGGUUCUACUGCCUUUAUUGAGAAACUGAAUUCUAACCCUUGGCUGAAAACCAACCUUGGGUUCAAGUGUCCUUCAUCAACCAUACUUUGUAGCUCUAACUUGGGUAUUCUACCCACUAUUGUUGAGGUUCCUGUUGUAGAUGAAGUGUAUUACGGAAGAUCAAUACAAUCCUAUACAAACGAGCUGAACGCACUUGGUGUUGGAUUGGAUUUCAGUGGCACGUUGAACAUUGUAGCCAAUCAAUUACACGAACAUAUUUCAUCUGGCAAGAUGUCACCCUCAAAAGUAAUAUUAUUGCUGCAAGGCAUUAGAAAUAUGUUGAACACCACACCUGAUCCUUUGCAUCAUAUUCGUGAGGCUUUGUCUGGAGAAGCACUUUUCAAGACCCACUGUGGUUUCCGAAGGCCUAGUGAAUCCAUUCUUUCUAGUCAGUCUUGGGCGUCUAUCUCAUUGUUAAUAGAUCUUCCAAUGAUUGAUGAUUCCUACCAUGGUAUUGACAUAUAUGGCUACCAAGAUGAGCUAGAGAUUCUUGGAGUUAUAGUUGGCCUGGAAGAAGGAGCUCAUUUAGUUGCUAAGAGUUUGACAACGCCGAUAAAGGCAGACCAUAUCACUGCUGAAGGUGCUUUAACUUUGCUCAAAAGUAUCAGAAUUCUAAUGUCACGAAUCUGUAAUGAGAAUUUUUCACUUGCCCCUUUUCUUGAAAAUAUUUUGGCCAGUGAGUUUUUGAAGACCAUUGAAAGUUACAAAACCCCUAAGCAAUGCGUAUUACUUCAUCCAGAAUGGAAUGAAAUCCUUCACUUUACGGAUUUGCCAUUUCUUGAUGAAGUUUACUAUGGCAACCGCAUUUCUGAAUACAAGGAUGAGCUGCAAAGCAUUGCAGUAAAAGUUGAUGCAGCGGAGGUUUGUGCUCUCCUCUUCGAAUCCCUUUACUCACUUAACAAGUCAUCAUCUGUGAAGCGAUUCUACAAAUUUUUGCACAAGUAUUCCAAUGAUUCAAUUUUUCCUGAUAAGGCUAAAGAGUCUAAAGUGUGGAUACCUAGCCAAAAUGAUUCUGACAAAGGUGAAUGGGUAAGUUCAGAGGUCUGCAUAGUUCAUGAUAGGGAUGGGCUUUUCCACAAUCUCUUUCAUUGCCUGGAUAUCCAUUAUGAGGGCGCAUUGCUUGACUUGUUUUCUCGAGCCUUUAGUGUAGUAGAAGUUCCUGGAUUAGAUCAUUAUAUGCAGCUAUGGCAUAGCUGGUUGAAGAGAGCAGAUUGCCAACUAUCUUCCACAGAAUGCCACUCUUUUUGGAGCUUUGUUCUUGACAACUGGACUCCAGAGACCGAGAAGGUUCUAAAGCAAAACCUGACUGAAUUGCCUGCUGUAUCUUCAACUUCAGGAAUCCGACUCCUGAGAAAGGAAGAGGUGAUUUUGCCAAAUGAUUUGCUUCUUAAAAAAAUGUUCAUGAGCCUUGAUAAAUGCCCUCCAUUUGUGUGGUUUCCAAAAGGAAGCAUCUCCUCAUCUUUUACUCCUGCAAAACUCCAACUUGUGUAUGAUUAUCUUGGAGUGAAACGCCUGUCUGAAUCUGUCAAGCUUCAAGUCAAAACUUGUUCUGUGUUGAAUCAACGAAGCCUCUGCACUGACAUGAAAAAGAAACUCAUCUCCAGAGGUUUAAUAAUGAUUGUGCUUGCUUACCUUUCUGGCCCAAAGGUUAAUUUGGGUGUGAAAUUGAGGCAUGAAGCUGCAAUGUCGAUUCUCAACUUGUCAGUAUAUGAGUGUAAUGGACCAAUACUGGUGAAUUAUGCAUUGAAUCUGCCUUGUUGCAAAUCAUAUGUAGUGGAAUCUCGAAAGCUGGUUCAUUGGAAUAAGGAGUCAUGGAUGCUGCUCAUUGAUAAAUCUUCUUAUGGAAGUCGGAAGUUAACUUUGGAAUUCGGUUGUUGUUUUUCACAAGAGCUUGCUGAAGGCCUUCUAGCUCAGGAAAGAUCUGUUGCAGUGAGCGAUUUAAGAAUGAUGAUCCAGCUGGGUCUUAACUAUGAGUUUGAGCAACAGUCAGUUGACUUUCUUCUUACAAGAGAGAGCUUGGAGCUGUUGCUAGAAGAUGAAAAAUUUCUUAAUGAUGUGUUUCCUUUCGAGCAGUUGGAAGUGGAUGGUUCCUGCAAACGUAUUUGCCCAUCCACUCCUUUGCCUUCCUCUAAGAAACAAAGGCACUAGUUAGAGUUAUGACACUUUUGGUUUAAUAUUGUGAAUAGCUUUCCUCAAUGGUUGAUAUUCGUCUUCAAUGGUAUCUGAACUUGACGAAUAGCUCAAUAUUUUGAUGUAACUAAGAUUAGCCAGUUUUUGCUUGUUAUCAGAAUGAAUCUUUUCUGAUUGUUACUUCAGCAUUGGAGCUUGAAUAUCUAUGUAUAAUUGUGUGUUUUUUUUUGUAAAAUCUGUAUGAAUGCAUGGCUAUUAUUGACUUAUUGUGUAUAUACUAUAUGAAACAAGGGAAAGUCUAACUAAAGUACAAAUCUUAGUGUUUGUA